AUGAAGAUGAAUUCAGAUCAAGCAGAGGAACCAGCGCUGAAGAAAUUUGCUACCAAUUUGACAGAAUUGGCCAAGAAUGGCAAACUCGAUCCAGUCAUUGGAAGAGAUGAGGAGAUACGUAGAACGAUUCAAAUAUUGUCAAGAAGAACAAAAAACAAUCCUGUAUUGAUAGGAAAUGCUGGUACUGGAAAAACUGCAAUAAUGGAGGGCUUGGCACAGCGAAUUGUGAAGGGUGAGGUUCCAGAAAGCAUGAAAGAUAAGGAGGUUAUAUCGCUAGAUUUAGGCUCACUGAUCAGUGGUGCGAAAUACAGAGGUGAAUUUGAGGAAAGACUGAAGCAGUUUUUAAAAGAAUUGGACGAACAUUACAUUCUCUUCAUCGACGAGCUUCAUAUUCUUCUUGGUUUGGGAAAAUCGGAGGGAUCAAUCGAUGCUUCGAAUUUGCUUAAGCCUGCCCUUGCUAGAGGCCAAUUACAGUGUUGUGGCGCUACAACUAUUGAUGAAUACAAAAAGUACAUUGAAAAGGAUGUUGCACUUGCUAGACGGUUUCAGCCAAUUCUGGUGAACGAACCAACUGUUGAGGACGCAAUAAGCAUUUUGAGAGGUUUGAAAGAAAAGUAUGAAGUGCAUCAUGGUGUUCGGAUAACUGAUGGCGCCCUCGUCACUGCAGCAGUUUAUAGUAAUCGGUAUAUUACCGAUCGAUUUUUGCCUGACAAGGCUAUUGAUUUGGUUGACGAGGCUUGCUCGGCUCUUCGCCUGCAGCACGAAUCAAAACCGGAUUCAAUUCAAGAAUUAGAUAGAUCUAUCAUGACUAUUCAAAUCGAAUUGGAAUCUCUUCGGAAAGAGUCAGACACCCUGAGCAAAGAGAGAAGAGAGAAGCUGGAAGAGCAAUUAAAAUACAAGCAGGCAGAGCUCAAACGACUCACAGAAAUCUGGGAAAAACAAAAACAAGAGCUUGAUAGAAUUAAACAGCUAAAGCAAGAAUUGGAAAUCGCCAAGCGCGACUUGGAAAAAGAGAGACGGGAAGGCAACUUUGCUCAAGCUUCGAAGCUCCAAUAUGCAACCAUCCCAGAAUUAGAAGCAAAGUUGAAUGCGUCGAUCAAAAAUCAAGAGGCCGCUGCUGAGGCUGAUGAGGACGGAGGUGGUGCAAGCCUACUUCACGAGUCUGUUACUUCCGAUGACAUAGCAAGGGUUGUCUCGAAGGCCACUGGAAUUCCGGUGCAGAACAUGAUGAGAGGUGAAAAGGAUAAACUUUUGUAUAUGGAGGCCGCAUUAAGAGGAAGAGUGAUAGGACAAGAUGAAGCAAUAGCUUCGAUUUCAAACGCAAUACGAUUACAGCGAGCCGGUCUUACCAACGAGAAAAGGCCUAUUGCUUCUUUCAUGUUUUUAGGACCAACUGGUACUGGAAAAACAGAACUUACAAAAGCGGUUGCCGAUUUUCUAUUUGAUGAUGAGAAUGCCAUCAUCAGGUUUGACAUGUCGGAGUUCCAAGAGAAACAUUCUAUCAUGAGGCUUAUUGGUGCCCCACCUUCAUACGUGGGGUAUGAAGAAGGUGGAGAGCUAACGGAGAAAAUCAGAAGAAAACCCUACUCAGUAAUCCUCUUUGAUGAGUUUGAGAAGGCCCACCCUGAUGUGUCGAAACUUUUGUUACAAGUCCUGGACGAAGGCAAAUUGACAGAUUCGCAGGGAAACAAAGUCGAUUUUCGCAAUACCCUAAUCGUUAUGACUUCAAAUAUUGGACAAGAUAUUAUGCUUUCAGAUAAACCAGACAAAGAUCAAAUUCUCGAACUGAUGAGGUCAUACUACUCACCGGAAUUUAUCAAUAGAAUCGAUGAAGUGGUCAUUUUCAACAAGCUGUCCAAGGAUGCAUUGAGAAACAUUGUCGAUUUGAGAAUCGGCGAUUUACAAGACAGGCUGUCUGAAAGAAGAAUUGAGCUCCACUUGACUGAGAGCGCCAAAGACUGGUUAACUACCAAUGGCUAUGAACCACAGUAUGGUGCCAGGCCACUGAAUAGGCUCAUUAAGAGAGCCUUGCUAAAUCCUAUGUCCAUCAUGAUGCUGAAGGGGGAGAUCAAAAACAAUUGUGUUGUGAAAGUUGACACAGAAAAUGACCAUUUGACGAUAGUCCCUGAGCGAAACCUUGAUGACUCCUCAGAUGCAACAGGGAACUGA